UAGGUGCGACAGGAAGACUAAAAUAAAGAUGUAAAUACUGACAGUCACGGAGUUGCUUUUACAUAUGUCAUUUGCUGUGGCGGUAGGAGGACUGCGUACACAGCAACACCGACCGUGAAAAUGAGACAUAAAACCACUCCUUGUGUCACUCGUGCUGGAUUUUGUAAGGGUGCCCUGUAGCCAUGGAGGCCAACGCCAACGACAGCACCUUCCCUAGCUAUGGAGAUCUGGACAAGUUCCUGGAGAAGCACGACUCCAACUUCGCCUGGCUUCUCAUAGCCACCAUUCUGUCUUGUGGGUGGAUCAUAUAUCUCAUCUACUACAACUCCCGCAAUAUCGGCCUCAUCCUCACGCUCAUCAUCAACCGUCUCUACAAACAUGGCUACAUUCAUAUCGGCUCCUUCUCCUUCUCUGUGCUCUCUGGCAAAGUCAUGUUCCGGGAUGUGUACUUCAUCAACGAGGACAUGUCUAUCAGAAUCCAGGAUGGCUUUCUGAUCUUCCGCUGGUGGAAACUGUACAACCCCAAACAGAAACAGCAUGACCCGAAGGCGGAGACCAGGCUGUAUGUGACGGUGAACGGGUUUGAGUUCCACGUGUAUAACCGCACCGCCCUGUACGCCCGACUGCAGGAGCUGUUUGGCCUGGAGCCCACCCUCUCCACACACAAGAAGGGGCAGGAAGCCGAGCAGGCCCUCAACAGUGUUACCAUAACAACGGAGUCCCCAGACCCAGCAUCGUCAUGGAGAUCACUCAUACCUGUCAUCAAAGUCAACAUCAGCACUGGCCGGCUUGCGUUUGGGAACCACUACCUGCCACAGACGCUGUGUGUGCAUUUCGACGACGCGUUCCUCACCUACACCACCAAGCCACCCUCCAGCCACCUGGACCAGUUCAUGCACAUCGUAAAGGGGUCUCUGGAGAACGUCCGGGUUAUGCUGGUGCCCAGUCCCCGAUACCUGGGCCUACAGAACGACGAGCCUCCCAGGCUGAUGGGAGAAGGGUUUGUCGUGAUGCAGUCCAACGAUGUGGACAUCUACUACUACAUGGAUGAGCCAGGUCUGGUCACUGAGGAGGUGGAGAAUGGGGAGACUGAGGGUUGCAGUGAGGACACUAAGCUCCAGGAUCUGCCCCCCUGUUGGGGCCUGGACAUUGUCUGUGGGAAGGGAACCGACUUCAACUAUGGGCCCUGGGCUGAUCGGCAGAGGGACAGCCUGUGGAAGUUCUUCUUGCCGGCGGAUUACCAGUCCAUGAAGGUGACGGAGAUCGCCCAACCGGGGAAACCGCGGCAGAUCCUAGCCUUCGAGCUGCGCAUGAACAUCAUCGCUGAUGCCACCAUCGACCUGCUCUUCACCAAAAACAGGGAGACCAACGCGGUGCAUGUGAAUGUUGGAGCAGGGUCCUAUCUGGAGGUCAACAUCCCCAUGACUGUGGGGGAGAAUGGCUACUCCCCCACCAUUAAGGGGCAGCUCCUGCACGUGGACACCACCAGCAGCAUGCAGUACCGCACCCUACUGGAGGCAGAGAUGCUGGCCUUCCACGUUAACGCCAGCUACCCGCGUGUGUGGAACAUGCCUCAGGCCUGGCAGUGCGAGAUCGAGGUGUCCAAGGCCACCUACCACUUCAUCUACGCGCAGAAGAACUUCUUCACUGACCUCAUCCAGGACUGGGCCAGUGACAGCGCCCCAGAUAUAUACUCCUUUGUGCCAUAUUCCUGGAAGUUCAAGGUCCUUUUCCACCAGUUUGAGAUGAUCUGGGCCGCAAACCAGCAAAACUGGAUCGACUGUUCCACAAAACAGCAGGAGAAUGUGUAUUUGGCAGCCUGCGGGGAGACUCUCAAUAUUGACUUCACGCUGCCUUUCAAUGAGUUCGUCCCGACCACCUGCAACAUGAGGUUCUGCUUACGGGCUGAGGAUACGGACCUGCAGCUGUCCCUGCCUGAGUGUCACCCCAGCCGGUACCCCCUCCUCACCUUGGCCAAAGACUACCAGCCCAACAAGGGGCCUCCAGAUUCCGGCAUGCCCGGGGAGGGCUCUGGAGCCGCCCCCAAACCGGGCAAGCUGCGCUGGAGGAACAUCACCCAUGCUGAAGCCGGCUGGGUGGACUGCUGGACGGUGCCGAGCUUCACGCUGAUCAUAGACUACACCUGGCACCCCAUCUACCCACAGAAAGCCGACGAGCAGCUGAAACAGACCUUAUCGGAGAUGGAGGAGUCGAUGCUGUCGGCUCUGAGGCCCCCAGAAUACACGGCUGCAGUUCCACCCCAGGCCAGCAGAGCGGUGACAGACCCGUGUGAGCUGGCUCCUGACCGGCUGCAUGUGGAGAUGGAGCUCUCGCUCGGCUCCCAGAUCACGCUCUAUGGCCCCCUGCUGCGCGCCCUCGUGUCCAUCAAGGAGAACUACUUUGGGGAGGACGACAUGUACACAGACUUUGAGGAGGUGGCCUGCAGCCCGCUGCUCUCCCUGUCCUCCUCCUCAUCCUCCGGCUGGACGGCGCUGGGCCUGGAGGAGCGCGAGCGGAGGGAGGACAGACCCGCCAUUCACCCCCUCACCCUGCGCCCCUGGGACAUCACCGUGCUCAUCAACCUGCACAAGGUGCACGGCCGUCUGCCUGUGCACUGCAGCAGCGAGGGGCCCGAGGGCCCGACAGGCUACAUGGAGAGGCUGUGCUUUGAGAUGAAGAAGGGCUACAAGGAGACUCUGCUGCAGCUGGUGCUGUCCCCCAUACACCUGUUCAUCAGCGACAGCUACCAGAGGCCUGCAGCAGACGGUGUGUUGCGGGAGGGCCAUCUCAGCCUGUCCGGGCUGCAGAUGCGUGCUCACGCCAUGUUCUCAGCAGAGGGCCUGCCCCUGGGCAGUGAGACGCUGGAGUAUGCCUGGCUCAUCGACAUGCAGGCUGGACUGCUGAGCGGGAAGGUCACCCUGCCGCAGAUGGCCAGCCUGCUGGAGUGGGGCGAGACCUUCCUGUUCCAUGUGGUGUCCCGAGAGUUCCAGCUCGAGCGCCCCAAAUCCUCCAUCACCUGCCAGCACGGCGUGGACCGCAGGAUCUGUGAGGCCAAGCUGCCCUCCCUGCCCGGGCCCUGUCAGACCUCAGAGGACCUGAAGUACACCAUGACACGUCUCUCUGUGGACGCCGUGGACAUCUUCAUCGCCGAGCACGGCUGUGCCGCCAACAUCAAGACAAGUGUUGUGCGGCUGGCGAACUGUAACCUGCAUAACCAGGCGGUGGGGGAGGGCAUCAGUGCGGUGGUGCAGGAGCUGCAGGUGCGGCAGUACCUGGAGCAGCAGGAGGGGGGCCGGGGGGGCCCCCUGGGCCUGCAGCCCGCUGUGCUGCGCCGCUCCCUCUGGCUGGAGGCCGGCUGCGCCAACUUCCCCCUCAUCACCGCCGACGUGGCCCUCGCCGCUGACCGGCCCGCCAAGCACCAGGCCCAGAGACAGUUCCUGGAGCUGCACGACAGCCGCAGCAAGAGGCUGUGGUUCCUGUGGCCGGAGGAGGGAGUGUGUAACAAGCGCAGCAGGAAUAAGUGCGGCUGUCUGGGGGGCUGUCGCUUUUUCGGGGGCGUGGCCGGAGGGCUGGACUUCUUCCGACUGGACGAGAUCACGCCCUCCAGUAGCUCCGCCUUCUCCUGCGCCAGCACCGAGACAGACAUGUGCUACGGCCAAUCCCUGCUGCAGCCCACAGAGUGGAUUAUCACCAAGGACACACCCAAACUGCCCGACGGUAAGAGCGCUGGGGGCCGGAGGGAGGGCCGGUCCCCGGGGCCCGAGUUGGAGAAGAGGCCCCAGCCCCUGAGCCUGCAGGUCCCGCCCCGCUCGCAGAGCUCUGCCUCCUCCUCAGAGGAGAACAGCUGCUCCAGCGCAGCACUGCCCCUGCUGGCCGCAGAGAGGGACAGCCCGUCGCCCGGCAACGACUGCCCCGGCCCCCCCGACCACCCACCGCCCCCCAAACCCAGUGCCGAGAUCAACGGAGAGGUCUCAGGAGGGAGCCCCCCCGACGUCCAGCCCGUGUCCCCCGGGGGCGGUGAGAGGGUGUCUCUGCGCUCCCCGCUCCGCUCCCCGCUGAAGCGCCAGGCCUCGGUGCACUCAGGCCGGCUGGGCAGCACCAAGAGCCUAUCGGCCGCCGUGUUCGCCGACAGGCCGCCGCCCCCCGUGGGCGUGCAGUUCAGCGGGGACGUGUCGCGCAGCGACGAGAACGUCCUGGACUCGCCCCGGCAACGGCGCAGCUACGGCUCCUUCCCGCUCACGCCCUCGGCCGACUCCAGCACCUUCCACCAGUACCGCUCCGUGGACUCCAGCAUGUCCGUCGCCGACAGCGAGGCCUACUUCUCGGCCGCAGAGGAGUUCGAGCCCAUCAGCAGCGACGAGGGCCCCGGGACGUACCCGGGCAGGAAGAGGAAGCGCCGGCAGCAGCAGACCGACUACAGCCGCGCGUCCAUCUACCACAGCGUGGAGGGACCAAUCGCCUGCGAGCCCCGCCCCCCGCCCAUCCGCAGCCACGCCUCCCAGGCCUCCUUCGUCUCCGCCCUGGGCAUCGAAGAGGAGGGCGAGGGGUCGCUGGGGCCGGAGAAAGCCCCGGAACCCGGCCUGCCCUGCGCCGAGCCCCACGUCAUGGCCUGCUACCAGACCUACCUCGCCCACUACCACGUCUCCAACUGGUCUGUCAAGCAGCCCACCAAUAAGAGGACCUCCAAGUCCUCCUUGCACCGCCCCCUGGACCUGGACACACCCACCAGCGAGGAGAGCUCUACCUCUUUUGACCAGCUGUCUGUCCCCACCUUUAAGGUGGUGAAGCAGGGUCUCUCUGCGAGCUCACUGCUGGAUCGAGGGGUGCAGUUGAUGGGCAGUUCCAACAGCACUCCCUACACCCCGCUAGGUAAGAAGGCGAUGGAGAACACGGAUGACGACACCACCACUGAGGACUGGAGCCUGGAGCAGCCCCUGUCCCAGACCCGCACGUCCGCCAUCGUGGAGGUGAAGGGCGGGGUGGACGUGGUGCUCACUCCCCUGGUGGCUGAGGCUCUAGACAGGUACAUAAAAGCGAUGGUUCACUUUGCCAGCAUUCGGCACCCCGCCUCCAUCCUGGACGACCUGCACGGCAAGGUGCUGAACGAGGCGUAUCAGAUCAGCAAGUCCACCGUCUCUGACUCCACUGCAGGGAAGCCUGAGCAGAAGUCUUCCAAGCCCGAGGCAACCACUCCUGGUCAGACAGACCUGUCAGUCAAACCAGACAAUGUGAAAAUCAAGGGCUUGCAGGCCAACGUGACCAUCCCCAAGGUGAACCUGUGCCUGCUGCAGGUGUCGGUGGAACAGGGCUCUCCCUCCAGCAGCUGUAAGAAUGUCACUCACGUGUCCCUGGUGGCGCUCUGCUUCGACCGCAUCGCUACACAGCUACGCAUGAACCGGGGCAUUGUGGAGGAGGGGGCGGGAACACUGGAACAUGGCCGCCCGUCGGUGAUGCUGGAGAAGUACGCCUCCGCCACCAAGAUGCAGCCGCAGUCCUCGGGCUCGCUGCGCUCCAACGCCGGCAUCGAGAAGGGCAAGGAGAUCGCCGCCAAGCUGCACGUCCACCGCAUCCACGGCCAGCUCCGCGGCCUCGACUCCUCAGACAUGGGCCCCUGUUCCAUCACGGCCAUCCCGUUUGAGAAGUCUAAGGUGCUGUUCAGCCUGGAGGAGCCGGACGAGCUCUCCUUCCUGGACGAGACCGAUACCCCGGGCGGCGCGGACCCCGCGCGCUCCAGCGCCCCUGAGAAGUGGGGCUGGAUCAUGUUCGAGUGUGGCAUCGAGAACCUCACCGUCAAGGGAGGCCGCCAGUCGGGGGCGGUGUUGUACAGUGCGAUGGGCGUGAUGGGGAAGGCGGACAGCGGGGAGAGGGACGGCCGGGCUAAGUCGAACGGCUCGUCUGGCUCCCAGACGGGCAGCGGCUACAGCACCGACGCCUCCGACGAACACCUGCCCCCUGACCCCGCUAGCCCCGCCUCCGACCCCAACGCCAACUCCGACUCCGACGAGCAGGACGAGGGGGUGGAGUCAGAUGACCUGAAGAAGGACCUCCCCCUCAUGCCCCCGCCCCCGGACUCCAGCAGUAUGAAGCUGACCAUUAAGGAGAUCUGGUUCAGCUUCGCCGCGCCCACAAACAUGCGUUCCCCCGCCCAGGCCUUCUCACGGCAGCUGAACCUGCUGAGCACGGCGACUCCCGCCAUCGGGGCAUGGCUGGUGCCCAUAGACCAGCUGAAGUCCUCCCUGGACAAGCUGGACACAGAGGGCACCCUGCGCAUCUGUGCCGUGCUGGGCUGCAUCAUGACUGAGGCCCUGGAGAAAAAGAGCAUCCACAUCCCCAUCCGCAGCAAGUAUAACCGUGUGACCAAGAGAGCACGGUACCUCCACGAGAACCCCUCCUGCAUGCUCUGCAACAUCCUGCACCGAUACCUGCAGCAGGCCGACUACUCUACUAUAGAGGACGCUACCAUGAAUGACGGUCUCCCUGCGUUGGUGACCCUAAAGAAGGGGCUGGUGGCUCUGGCCCGGCAGUGGAUGAAGUUCAUCGUGGUGACGCAGGGCUUCAAGGCCAUCGGCCUGAUCAGACCCAUGCAGCUGCCCAAGGCCAGAGAGCCAGAGAGCAACCUGGAGCCCGGGCCCGGCCAGGACAACGGCACCGGCCUGCACAGCGACACCAGCGCCGACGGAGCGGAGUUUGAGUUUGACGCAGCCACAGUGAGUGAGCACACCAUGCUGCUGGAGGGUCUGUGCAGUCGGCCCCCUCAGAGUGGGGGCGUGCCCGGGCCUGUGAGUGGCGUCCAGAUCAUGCGGAAGCUCUCCAAGUCCCACACGCACAACGAGUCCGGCCUCAAGAUAAAGGGCUCACACCCAUACCAGUCUCUGAGCUACACCAGCGGGGACACUGCUGCCGACUCCCCGGCCCACAUGAGCCGCACGGGGCUGCUGAAGGACAGCCCCCGUAAGGAGAGCCUGCUCAGCUACCUGAGCGCCAGCUUCCCCAGCCUGCACAACCUGCUGGAGGGGGGGCCUGCGGGGGGAGGCAACGCACCCAAGAGCAGCUCGCUCACCCGCAGGGAUUCCCCUCAGCCAGACGGGACGGGAUUUAGGGCUCUAACUGUGCCGGAUUCUCCAGGGAAUAACGUGAGGGGGGACAUGCUGACGGAACACCCCCUCCUGUCCGAGCCGUCCUCCGUCAGCUUCUACAACUGGAUGUCCAACGCCGUGGGGAACCGGAGGGGCAGCCUGGUGCAGGACUCCCCUGUCAACCGCUCCCAACACAACAGCCUGCAGACCGGGGUUCCCUGUAACCUGCCCACCAUCCCUUCGGCGUCAGACUUUAACACUGUGCUCUCCAGCGACCAGAACACGCUGGACGGCACGCACUCCCAGCACAGCACCAGCCAGGACGACAUCGCUGACAUCGAGGAGGGGAACCAGUGCCCUGUGGCUGUGCAGCUGGCCGACGCCCAGGUGGUGUUUAAACCCCUCCUGAGCCACACGGGGAUCCAGUCCCAGGACGCCACCCCCUUAAGUUACCGAAUGUAUUUUGGGGAGCACCUCUCUUUCUCGGGGACCCUGGAGUGCCUUCGCGCGGAUAUUGUGGAUUCAGACACGUCCAAGGACAGGAAGAAUAAACGGUCCAGGAGGCAGGGAAUGGUCAACCUGCCCCCCCUGGAGUUCAAGCCGGCCCUGAUGAUCGAGACGUUCAGCCUUAAUGCCGUGGUGAUGGAGAAGUCCAUGAGCACGCCGCAGAACUCCACCAGCGCCCUGUCCUUCCACAACCUCAACCGCCGCCACUACAACACCUUCCACUGCGACUUCACCAUCUCCUGCCAGUCCAUCAGCCAGCACGUGGACAUGGCGCUGGUGCGCCUCAUCCACCAGUUCAGCACCAUGAUCGACGACAUCAAGGCCAAGCAGAACGACAUCAAGCUGAACCGCUACAUGGCCGGGUCGGCCUCCCCCACGCCCACCUUCAAGGCCCGAGGGCACCGCCACUUCCGCUCGUCCGACUUCAGCCGCAGCUCCCGCGGCAGCCUGAACGGAGCCAACCGCGCGGGCGCGCAGAAGAAGCGCGGCGCGGCCGUCGCCAUGGACACGCUGGGCCGCAAGGAGCCGCGCGGACGCGCCUCGCUGGGCCGCUCGGAGCGCCGCACCUCCAGGGUGUCGCGGAAGGGCUCGCGGGACGUGGCCGAUCACAUGACCAUCCAGAUGGACGACUCGGACUCCAUCACGGUGUCGGAGCAGAGCGAGCCCUCGGCCGAGUGCUGGCAGAACAUGUACAAGCUGCUCAACUUCUACUCGCUCAUCUCGGACCCCACCGGCAUCCUGGAGAAGGGAUCCCCCGAGAACUGCCUCUCAGAGGGCGGCCGCAGCCCCUCGGAGCCCCCCUGCAGGGUGGUGUUUGAGAACGAGCAGGACCCCUGCAGCCCCAGCAGGCCGGCGCGGCGCCGCAGCCUGGUGAACGCAGAGCCCCAGCACGUCACGCUCAUCGUGUUCGGCGUGGGCAUGGUGAGCCGCACGCACCUGGAGGCCGACAUCGGGGGCCUCACCAUGGAGGCCGAGCUGAAGAAGAUCCACGGCAGCUUCACCCUCAAGGAGAAGAUGAAGGACAUACUGCACCAGAAGAUGACGGAGACGUGUGCUUCUGCUCACAUUGGGGGGGUCAACAUCGUCCUGCUAGAGGGCAUCACCCCGAACAUACAGCUGGAGGACUUCCCCACGUCUCCCACCAGCACAGCCAAACAAGAGUUUCUAACGGUUGUAAAGUGCAACAUCGCCAAGUCCCAGGCACUAUAUAGCGCCCAGCGCGGCCUGAAGACCAACAACGCGGCUGUGUUCAAGGUGGGCGCCAUCAUCAUCAACAUCCCCCAGCACCCCGCCACGCUGCACAGCAUGAUGGUCCGCAGCUCACACCAGCUCUCCAAGCAGAUCUCCGACCUGAUCCGCCAGCCCUCCGCCGCGCCCCCGCCCAGCAGAGAGGACACAGCCACGCCCCUGGCCUCGGAUAAGACCUCCUCCAGUGUGACGCAGACGCCGGUGGAGGCGGAGUUCCCCCAGCUGCCCGAGGGCCUGGAGAAGAAGCCCAUCGUGCUCAAGUUCAGCGCCAUGAUGGACGGCAUCACCAUCGGGGCGGCGCUGCUGCCCUCGCUCAAGGCCGAGUACAAGAUGGGCCGCAUGAGGAGCCACGGCAUGACGGGUGCUCAGACUAGUUUCACCUUUGAGCUGCCCAAUCACAAGCUGCGCUUCCAGUCGAAGGUGUCGCCGGUCGACACGUCCACCAUGCAGCCGUCGGCCAGCCUCACUCUCCCCCCCGUCACCAUGUCGGGGGAGUACAUCAUGGAGGACCACGACAGCCACUCCGACCAGGGCUGGGGCCCCGACGAAUUUCCCACCAAGCAGGGCAACUAUCUCCAGGGCAACUACCUGCGCUGCGUUGCCGAGAUCGGCUCGUUUGAGCACAACCUGACCACUGACCUCCUGAACCACCUGGUGUUCCUGCAGAAGGUGUUCAUGAAGGAGGUGAACGAGGUGAUCCAGAAAGUCUCAGGAGGAGAGCAGCCCAUCCCACUGUGGAACGAGCAUGACCUUUCCACAGACGGUGACAAGCCCAAGAUCCUCCUGUAUUCACUUAACCUCACAUUUAAGGGCAUCCAGAUGACCGCCACCACGCCCUCCAUGAGAGCGGUGCGUUUUGAGACGGGCCUGAUCGAGCUGGAGCUCUCCAAUCGCAUCCAGUGCAAGGCUCAGCCUGGCAGCAGCAGCUACCUGAAGCUGUUCGGGAAGUGCCAGGUGGACCUGAACCUGGCCCUGGGUCAGAUCGUCAAGCACCAGGUGUACGAGGAGGCCGGCUCGGACUUCCACCAGGUGGCAUACUUCCGCACGCGCAUCGGCCUGAGAAACGCCCUGCAGGAGGAGAUCAGUGGCUCCUCCGAUAAAGAGGCCGUGCUCAUCACCCUGAACCGGCCAAUCGUCUUUGCCCAGCCUGUGGCCUUUGACAGAGCGGUGCUCUUCUGGCUGAACUACAAGGCUGCGUACGACAACUGGAACGAGCAGCGUCUGGCCUUGAACAAGGACAUCCACAUGGCCACCAAGGAGGUGGUGGACAAGCUGCCUGGUAUCCAGCAGACCUCGGCCCAGGCCUUCAGCACCCUGUUCCUGCAGCUCACCGUCAAUGACCUGGGCAUCUGCCUGCCCAUCACCUGCACUACUCAGAAAGGACAUUUUCCAGUUAUGGAACGCAACAGUAUACCCAGCUGUGAAGCAAAAUGUGCAAGAAAAGCCAAUCACAGCCUGGAUUUUGACACAGGCUCCGCCCUGGUCCUGACGAUCGAGAGCACGCUGAUCACUGCCUGCUCGUCGGAGUCGCUGGUCAGUAAGGGCCACUUCAAGAACUUCUGCCUUCGCUUCGCCGAGGGCUUCGAGCGCACCUGGGAUGACUGGAAGCCAGAAGUGCGGGGCGAGCUAGUCAUGAACGCCUGUGUUGUCCCAGACGGAACCUAUGAAGUGUGCUCCAGAACCACAGGCCAGUCUUCUGUAGAGAGCAGCAGUGCGGGGACCUGGACUCUGAACGUCUUGUGGAAGAUGUGCGGUAUCGAUGUUCACAUGGAUCCCAACAUCGGCAAGCGGCUGAACGCCCUGGGGAACACGCUGACCUCGCUGACGGGGGAGGAAGACGCGGACGACAUCGCCGACCUCAACUCUGUCAACAAGGCCGACCUAUCGGAUGAGGACGACCCUGACACCAUGUCCCCCAUCGUCCACGUGCCCGUAGAGGGGGACUGCAGCCCUAGAAUCACAUUUAAGAGGCGUCUGGUUAACCACCUGCUGGGCCUUAGCCCAAAGACUCCAUGUUCUCCACGCUCCCCCAUCCCGGCUGAGUACCUGAACGUGUUCGCCGAUCCGGAGAGGGCCCUGUCUAAGGCGGGGGUGAUGCGGGACAACAGGCCCCUCUCCUGGGGCUGUGAGCCCAUAGACCACCGGCGGCAGGUUUUGGCGGGAAGCCAGACUGUGGAUUCGCGCGGGCGCAAGUUUUCUAAGCGACUGGUGGACAUCCGUGAGCUGAACGAACAGGCCAAGGUCAUCGACGACCUCAAGAAACUGGGGGCGAGUGAAGGCACCAUUAACCAGGAGAUCCAGCGGUACCAGCAGCUGGAGUCUGUGGCGGUGAACGACAUCAGGAGAGACGUGCGGAAGAAGCUCCGCAGAUCCAGUAUGAGGGCGGCCUCGUUAAAAGACAAGUGGGGUCUGGGGUACAAGCCCAGUUAUAACCGCUCCAAGAGCAUCUCUGCUACAGGAAGAGCUCCACCCAAGAGACUGGAGCGGGCCAGCUCUAGAAUCGGGGAUGUUGACGAUCUUCCAGACGUGCGAGUGGAAGCAUCAUCCCCCGGACCCAGAGUCACCUUCAACAUCCAGGACACGAUUAAUAAUCUGGGUUCGGAUAUGCCAAACCUCCCAGUCAGUCCAGGAGAAAUGUGUUUCAAGUUCCCGGAGGAGACAGAAAUGGAGCUGUUGUGUGUCAGCGCCGAUCCGCCACCCCGCCAUUUCCCGUCCGUUAGUGACGGCGCAUGCUCAGUGUUCGGUUCCCCCACGACCCCCCACGUCUUCUCACCCAGCCUUCCCUUCCAGCACGAGGACAGCCGCCGUGACGACAGCUCCCUCUCCUCCUCCGACGACUCUGAUAAGGAGGAGGAGUUUGACAGGGAGAGGCCGCCUUGCUACUACAGGAGGCCCAUGCAAACGUCCCGUAAGAAAUCGUCUGGUUUUGCGGCGGUCAGCCAGCUCUUCAGCGAGCGUUGGCCCGGGACGCCGGCAGGCCGGAGCAUCGUCAGCUCCGCCACCGAGAGGAACAUCGACUUCGAGCUGGACGUGCGCGUGGAGAUUGACAGCGGCAAAUGCGUGCUGCAUCCCACAACCCAACAGGCCGAGCAUGACGACGUCUCCCUGAGAAGGAGCUGUGACCGCAGCUUGCGGAGUCUGGACCAGGAGUCUCCACCAAAGAAGAAGAAGCUCCAACCAACCUGCUCCUCCAGUGCUCACCUGCUGGCGGGGAAGAAAGUGCCCUCCUCCCUCCAGACCAAAUCCAGUGACUCCGAGACCACCGUCUUCUACAUUCCUGGCGUGGACGUCAAGCUGCACUACAACUCCAAGACCCUGAAGACUGAGUCACCCAACGCGUCGCGGGGGUCCUCCUUGCCCAGGACCCUCUCCAAAGAGUCCAAGCUGUUUGGUAUGAAAGACAUCCCAGCAAAUCCCCCACAUCCAGCCCAAAGCAGGAGUAGCACCCUGCUUCCUCCCCCUCCCCCACCUAUACCCUCAGCCAAAGGGAAGGGCAGCGGUGGGGUAAAGACAGCCAAGCUGUAUGCCUGGGUGGCCCUGCAGACCUUGCCGGAGGAGAUGGUCAUCAGCCCCUGCCUGCUCGACUUCCUGGAGAAAGCCCUGGAAACCAUCCCCAUCACCCCAGUGGACCGCAACUACACCAGCAUUAACUCCCAGGAUGAGGACAUGGGGCAGUUUGACACUGUGGAUCCUCUGGAGGAGUCCAACACCUCCCUGGUGUCCUCCUCCACCUCCGCCUACUCCUCCUUCCCCGUGGACGUGGUGGUGUACGUACGCGUGCAGCCCUCUCAGAUCCGCUUUAGCUGCCUGCCCAUGUCGCGGGUGGAAUGUAUGCUGAAGCUGCCAUCUCUGGACCUGGUGUUCUCCUCCAACCGGGGGGACCUGGAGACCCCGGUCCCCUGCCACCCCCCUGAGGGCCCCGCCCCGGGCUGCACUGCAUCGCCCCUCACCCAUAAUCUGCUUCGAGCCUCCACCGGCAAGGGUCCCUCUCCCGGAUUGGGCAGUCCCCUGGGGCGGUCCCGGCACAGCAGCAGCCAGUCGGAUCUGAGCGGCCCCUCCGCCAACUCGUCAGGCCUGAGCUUCAGCGCCUGCAUGUCGGACUUCUCGCUCUUCGUGUUCCACCCCUACGGAGCUGGGAAGCAGAAGUCCGCCGUCAGCGGCCUGCCCUCUGCAUCCGGGCCUCUGGGCACGGUCGAUGAGGAGCCCCCCUCUGUGACGGGGCGGAAGGACUCUCUCAGCAUUAACCUGGAAUUUGUGAAAGUCAGCCUGUCCCGCAUGCGCCGCACUGGCUGGCCCACCUUCACCGAGAGCUUCAUCCCUGGGAAGGGUGGCAAGAUGGACACCACCCUCAUCAACAUCUCCGCGGUGUGUGACAUUGGCUCGGCCUCCUUUAAGUAUGACAUGCGGAGGCUCAGUGAGAUCCUGGCCUUCCCCCGUGCCUGGUACCGCCGCAGCAUCGCCCGUAGACUGUUCCUGGGAGACCAGACCAUCAACCUGCCUGCGUCGGGGCCUGCCACGCCAGACUCUGUGGAGAGCAUGGCUCAGCACCUGUCCCCAGAGGCAUCUCGUAGGGCUGGCUGGCGGGGCUGGGACCAGUCCUCCCAGUCCUCCCAGUCCUGCUCCUUCCAGCACAUGCCCCCCUCCCCCAGCGUCUUCACCGACCACCCCCCUGCCUCCAUGUCCCCGGGGGGGCUGGCCCAUCUGAAGUCUCCUGCCCCCUCCCGCUGCAGGAGUGUGUCUGAUUCCUCCGUGCCACGUAGAGACUCAGUCACUAAGACAUCAACUCCGUCCUUCAACAAGAACAACAAGGCCAGCAGCCAGCAGGGGUCACCAUGGGAGACGCUGGUGGUGUUCGCCAUCAACCUCAAACAGCUCAACGUGCAGAUGAACAUGAGCAACGUCAUGGGCAACAACACCUGGACCACCAGUGGUCUCAAGAGCCAGGGCCGGCUGUCUGUGGGCAGCAACCGGGACCGGGAGAUCAGCAUGUCUGUGGGCCUGGGCCGCUCCAAGCUGGAUUCCAAAGGCGGAGUGGUGGGAGGAAACAUUGACGUCAACACGCUGGAGAUGGUGUCUCACAUCUCGGAGCACCCAAACCAGCAGCCCAGCCACAAAAUCCAGAUCACCAUGGGCUCCACGGAGGCGCGCGUAGACUACAUGGGCUCCAGCAUUCUGAUGGGCGUGUUCAGCAACGCAGACCUGCAGCUGCAGGACGAGUGGAAGGUCAGCCUGUGCAGCACUGCGGAGGCCAGCCUGUCCGAGAAAAGCGAGAUCUUCGUCCACGGUGACCUGCAGUGGGACAUCUUCCAGGUGAUCAUCUCACGCUCAACCACGCCGGACCUCAUCAAGAUCGGCAUGAAGCUGCAGGAGUUCUUCACCCAGCAGUUUGACACCAGCAAGAGAGCCCUCUCCACCUGGGGUCCUGUUCACUACAUGCCCCCCAAAGCUCCUAUCGUCAACAUUGAGAAAGGCUCCGCCGAGCUCUACAUGGACGCUGCCCACCACCGCCACUGGCCCGACGUGCUGAAAGUGGUCGCCGGGUGCCAUAUCUCCCUCUUCCAGAUGCCUCUCCCCGAGGAUGCCGUGCAGCUAGGGGGCUCCAUGAGUCUCCAUGGCAAUCACAUGACCCUGGCCUGCUUCCACGGACCCAACUUCCGCUCCAAGUCCUGGGCCCUGUUCCACCUGGAGGAGCCCAACAUCGCCUUCUGGACCGAGGCACAGAAGAUCCUGGAGGAUGGUUCCAGUGACGACUCGACCUACAUCGUGCAGACUCUGGACUUCCAUCUGGGCCACAAUACCAUGGUCACUAAGCCCUGUGGGGCCCUGGAGAGCCCCAUGGCAACCAUCACCAAGAUCACCCGCCGGCGGCAUGAGAACCCGCCCCACGGAGUGGCCAGCGUGAAAGAGUGGUUCAACUACGUCACUGCCAUGAGGAACGAAGAGCUGAACCUCCUUCGGAACGUGGACGCCAACAACCCCGAGAGCGGAGCGGCCGCAAAGAGCUCCAGCCUGCUCAGUGGCUUCCGGGGGUCGUCCAGCUACAACCACGAGACCGAGACUAUCUUCGCCCUUCCCAGAAUGCAACUUGACUUCAAGUCCAUCCAUGUGCAGGACCCGGAAGAGCCUUUGCUGACCGACUCCAGCAGCAAGCCCAAGGUGGAGUGCAGUGUGGUGACAGAGUUCACUGACCACAUCUGUGUUACCAUGGAUGCCGAGCUCAUCAUGUUCCUCCACGACCUCGUGUCAGCCUACCUGAAGGAGAAGGAGAAAGCUCUCUUUGCCCCGCGGAUCUUCUCAGCCCGUCCCGGCCAGAAGAGUCCCACUGCCGCCCACGACCACAACUCUACCGACAAGGACAAAGACAAAGACAAAGACAAAGACAAGGAGGAUGCCAUCAACUACACCACGGUGGAUUGGAGGGAGUUCAUGUGCAACACCUGGCACCUGGAACCCACGCUCAGGUUGAUUUCCUGGACCGGGAGGAAGAUUGACCCAGUGGGAGUGGACUACAUUCUGCAGAAGCUUGGCUUCCAUCACGCCAGGACUACAAUUCCCAAGUGGCUCCAGCGAGGGGUGAUGGACCCCCUGGACAAGGUCCUGUCUGUGCUCAUAAAGAAGAUGGGAACCGCCCUGCAAGAUGAGAAGGAAAAGAAAGGCAGAGAGAAAGACGAACAUUAGCCCAGUCUGGCGCUCAGUCUGAACCCGCAAAUGUGAAAAGCUGAUCAUAGGAUUCCCAGGGUUCAACAGAAACACUCAUUUUACAAACACUGGCUCUCUCCUAGCUACUGUAAACUGCAUUUCCCAUAAGCACCCACUGUUACUGCCUGACCAUGUGGAACAUAGAUGUUUACUGUGGUGCAUGCUGCCACCAUAUGGAGUUGUGACCCAAAGUGUUGCACAGCUGUUUUAUUAUGUAUAUUUUGAACAGGAAGUAGGGAUUUCAUGUUACUUGGCUGCUUAGACUUUUUUAAUGAUAUGUGCAAUAGACUAAUGUAUAUAAAAUAACUAUUGACAAUUUAAUGUGAAUUUGAUAAAUGUGUUGAUUUUAACAUAAUAAAAUCAUGGCCGUCAUGUUUUGAUUUGAUUCAGGUGUGCAGCUUUGUAUUCUCCACAGAACAUUCUGAUUUUUGUUUACAGUGAAGAUCUUGUACUUCUGUAGUUCGCUGCCAUUAAAAAUUCAAACAUUCUC